AAUCUUAUUUCCGCCCUAUUUUGCUUGGCUUCGUGUUCGGUAGUUUCACGAACUCUGAGAGAAAUUUUUAUCACCAUAAAUCUCUUUUUAUUCUAAAAUGGCAGAGGAUAAGGUGACAUUCGUCGAACAAGCAAAAUUGUCUGAGCAAGCAGAACGCUACGAAGACAUGGUUGAAGCAAUGAAAAAGGUGACAAGUUUCAAUGAAGACCUGUCUACCGAAGAGCGAAAUUUGUUUUCAGUCGCUUACAAGAAUGUUGUCGGUUCAAGACGUUCGGCAUGGCGAGUUGUACAUGCUCUCACAUCGAAGGCGAAGGAUGAGGCUGAAGGUACGAUAAGGCAGAAUUAUCUUAAGAAAAUCGAAGAGGAAUUGUCGACAUUAUGCAAGGAAGUUGUGAAAUUGCUCGAUGACACACUCAUUCCGAAUGCGAAACACUGCGAAAAUCAAGAAUCCGUUGUGUUUUAUUUGAAAAUGAAGGGCGAUUAUUACCGGUACCUCGUCGAAGCCUUAACCGACCAAGACGAAAAUAAGGCGAAUUCAAAGAAGGCGUACGAAAAUGCUCAAGAGCUUAGUAAAGAGCAUUUGUGUACGACACAUCCCAUCCGGCUUGGCUUGGCGCUGAAUUUCUCCGUAUUUUAUUACGAAAUCGAGAAUUCCCAAGAAAAAGCUUGCUCGUUGGCUAAAACUGCGUUCGAUGACGCCAUCACCGAGUUAGAUAAAGUGAAAGAGGAUACCUAUAAAGAUAGCACACUAAUUAUGCAGCUACUACGUGAUAAUUUAACGCUUUGGCAAAGUGAACAAUCGCAAAUGGUCGACGAACCACAGGAAGAAGCAGAGAAAGUCGAUGCAUAGUGAAGUUAUGCGUAAACUUUGAUUUAAACUUUUCCUCGAUUUAUCAACAUUGUGUACGAAUUCGAUGUUUGUGUAGAACAGUUUUAACAAAUACUUGCACCAUAAUGCCGGUUAACACGCACUUGUAAGCUAAUAUUUGAACUAUGAAAUAGCUGCCACAAGCCUACAACGAACAGCUAUAUGUAUACGAAGCCCCCGAGUUAAUUAACUGAUAUUUGCAUGCACUUCGAAACUUUUUGGACAAAUGUUCGAGUAUUGUACACUGGAUGCAUUAUUAGGUGUGAAUUUCAAUAAAUAAUUUUGAAUUGUGAA